AUGAUAGCAAUAAUGAUGAUGAUUGAUGGUAAUGAUGAUGAUGAUGAUGUUGCUGGUGAUGAUGCAAUAAUGAUGAUGAUUGAUGGUAAUGAUGAUGAUGAUGAUGUUGCUGAUGAUGAUGAUGAUGAUGAUGAUGAUGAUGAUGAUGGUGAUGAUGGUCAACGAUAA